AUGGUGUAUGGUCCGGACGACGUGAUCAAGAAGGUCCCUGAGGCGGACCUGGUGCCAGUGGACCGCGAUGGCGUUGCAGGGGAGCCGCAGCCUGCGGCUGAGCACGCUGCCGAGUUACGGCUUGCCCUCAAGACGCUCGUCGACCUCAUGAAUGAUGCUGAGGUGGCAGGCCUCAGGUUUGGGGAGAUCGUGGAGGUCUGCUUCUCCCCGGAGCUGGGCACAGCCGUCCUGUGCAUGGUGGCGGAGGAGAUCAAGGGCGGCAAGCUCAGGGUGCUGACCAUCGAGGGCCUCACCCUUUAUACAGUGGACCCGCAGGCGGACGUGUUUGCGCACGCGGCAGUGUUUGACCCUGCGGCCGGCCGGUGGCGCCGCGCGACCGCGAUUGAGCUGUCUGCCGCCUUUGGCCCAUGGCGCGACGUUCUGUGGCGGCUGCUGACCAGGGCCCCACCGAGCGGCUGCAGCGACGCGGACGUCGACUUUCAGGCACAGCUCCCUGCGGGCGUGGUCGUCAGCGUGCGCCGCAAGGUGAUGCGCCUGGUGGAGGCAAAAGUGCAGGUCCCCGUCAACCUGCUGCGCCAGCUCGACGAGUCUGGCAGGUGCCGCAGCACGGCCACCCACGAGCUGGUUGUGGGGCGCUACGAGAAGCCCGUCGAGGCACUGCUUGCGGCGCAGACGCUGGCCGGGUCGUUUGAGAGGCUGCUGUUCCCCUACGACGUGCCGCCUUUUUCGAGCGAAGACAUGGCUGAGGAGAUGGCCUCCGCCUGCUCGCUCGACUACGCCAGCAUCCGCAACGGCGUCUUGACCACCCCCACCGUGGCCGCUGCCCUCCGCGACGCCGCGGCGGCCCGGGCAAAGGCGGCACAAAUCAGGCAGAGUGCGUGUGGAGCUGACGGCAGCAGGUCGGAGGGGAGCAGCGGGGAGGUGGCGGGUGAGGGCGACAGCAGCAGCGAGGAGGACAGCUUCGAGGACGAGGAGCAGCAGCAGCAGCGGCAGCGGCGGCAGCCGCAGCAGCAGCAGCAGCGGCGGCAGCCGCAGCAGCAGCAGCAGCAGCAGCAGCAGCAGCAGCAGCAGCAGCAGCAGCAGCAGCAGCAGCAGCAGCAGCAGCAGCAGCAGCAGCAGCGCGACGAGGAGCAGGACGGCGAGGAGGAUGAGCAGCCCAAGGCGAAGCUGGCGCGCCACAAUGACGAGGACGACGGCAAGCCGCGGCGCGCUCAGCCACGCACGAGAGGUCGCCUGGAUGUUGGAUUGGAGGGGGAGGAGCUUCCCGCAGGCCCGGACGACUUCAAGAUGUUUGUUGACGUGGCCUGCUCCGCUGAGGAGGGGCGCAUCGUCCGCAACGGGCCUGCACCUGUGCCCGGCGCCAGCACAGGCGGCCUGCGCGGCGGCGAGCCGCUGGUGCGUGGCGGCAUGCCGCCGCCGUUCGCUCUGCCAAGCAGCCGGGCCAGCUGCGCUGACUUUGACGGCCACGGCAGGGGAAGCCUGCCCGGCGGCCCCGCCCCCCUCAGCGCUGACGCCCUGGCGAGCGCCACGCUGGCGGCUGUGCUUGCGCGGGGCCCGCCAGGCGGCGUGGGAGGCGCCUUUGGCGGCUUCGGCGGCGGUGGCGACUACGCCGGCCCUCGCGCGGCGGCACCAGCGGGCGGCUACGCCGGCGGUGCAGCGGCGGUACCAGGCGGCGGCGGCGCGGGCGGUGCGGCGGCGGGCAUGCGGGACGACCUUGCUGGCGACCCGGCGAGGGCGGCGCUGCUCGCGUUCCUGCGGGAGCACGGGGAUGCGGAGGAGCUGGUUGACGUGCUGCUUCACCAGCGCCUGAGGCCCGCCGUCAUCCUGCGGGGCCUGCCGGACGACGCCUGGGCGGGGCUGUUGGCGCAAGUGUCCACUUUGGGGGAGCGGAUGGCGUUCCGCAACUUGCGGGAGGCGCUGGGGCUGCCCGUUAUGUAG